CUCGCUCGCAGUCUUGCAUCAAAAGUGACAACGACAACUUUUUCCCCAUUUUUGCUCCACCAUCAUCAUCGCUGCGAGCUGAGCAGAGCCAUCAGGCCAGGCCAGAAGUUCAGGAGAUUAUUAUACCUACCUACCUAGAGUGUAUUCGUCAGCAGCCAAAAGGUAUUUAGCUGGAUAUAGAUUUGUCGAGGUCGCGAUCGCGAAUAAAGGCUAUUUUCGAGUGAAUUAUUCUUCGCGGAAGUGUCGUGAGUUCGGUUUGUGCGCGAUUCCCGAGUGCGGAGGAGAAUGCCCAUCGGGGAGACCCUGGAAUCCGGAUUCGAGUGUUGACGACGACGACGACGACGAUUCAAUCAUUGGUGUAGCGAGAGUGCAAUAAUUAAAGAUCCUUGUGUGGUGUGUGCGAAAUAAGUAGUUUUGCUGGUGGGGCGCAGCAGCAACAGCAGCAGCUGAAAAAAGGCGAAGGCAAAAAACGGACGGUCACACCUUAAUGUAGGAGCCGGAGCUCUGAAGAAUCGAAUCAACGGAAUUAGGAACACAGACCGGGUGCCCAUCAGUGAGCGAUAGAGAGGGGCAGCCGCCGAAGACGGGCACAGACAGACACAAUGGCAGAAACGGCGAAACCGGUCCAGGUGGUCGAAACCGGUGGCGAGGAACACACAUUCACACUGAACGAAGAUGCACUGAACGAAAUACUGCUGCAGGAGAACGUGCGGGACCGGACGGUGGUGGUCAUCUCAGUUGCCGGGGCGUUCCGUAAAGGCAAAAGCUUCCUGCUGGAUUUCUUCCUGCGAUAUAUGUACUCGAAGUACGUCCAUAACAGGAGCGCCUCGGAAUGGUUUGGUGAUGAGAAUGAACCACUCACAGGAUUCUCGUGGCGGGGUGGCAGCGAGCGGGACACAACCGGCAUCCUGAUGUGGUCCGAUAUAUUCUUGCAUGAGACGCCAAGUGGAGAAAAGUACGCCAUCAUCCUUAUGGACACCCAGGGCGCCUUCGACAGCCAGAGCACAGUGCGAGACUGUGCCACAGUGUUCGCCCUCAGCACGAUGCUCUCAUCCGUACAGAUCUACAACCUGUCGCAGAACAUCCAGGAAGAUGACCUUCAACACCUGCAGCUUUUCACCGAAUACGGUCGGUUGGCGUUGGCCGACAGUGGCAAGAAACCGUUCCAGCGGCUACAGUUCCUGGUUCGGGACUGGAGCUUCCCAUACGAAGCGGAAUACGGUGCCUCGGGAGGCGAUGUGAUUCUAAAACGUCGCCUGGAAGUGCAAGAUAAACAACAUCCCGAACUGCAAUCCCUCCGACGUCACAUCACCUCCUGCUUCACCGAAAUCGCAUGCUUUUUGAUGCCCCACCCUGGACUGACAGUGGCCACCAACCAGAAAUUCGAUGGCCGACUAGCGGACAUAACACCCGAGUUCAAACAAAGCCUGAAGGAACUGGUACCGAUGCUGCUGUCGCCGACCAAUCUGAUACCGAAGGAAAUCAACGGACAGAAGGUGAAGGCCCGCGACCUGGUUCAGUACUUCAAGUCCUACAUGGCCAUCUACAAGGGAAACGAACUGCCCGAACCGAAGAGCAUGCUGGUGGCGACGGCAGAAGCGAACAACUUGACCGCGGUGGCAGCCGCCAAGGACAUCUACACUCAGCUGAUGGAGGACGUUUGCGGUGGAAACAAACCGUAUCUGAACACGGCGCAUCUGGAGUCGGAACACAACCGGAUCAAGGAGAAGGCGCUGCAUCAGUUCUCCUCCAAGCGGAAGAUGGGCGGCGAAGAGUUCUCCGAGAAGUACCGCGAGCGGUUGGAGCAAGACCUGGACGAGUCGUACGGCACCUUCAAGGCGCACAACGAGAGCAAAAACAUCUUCAAGGCGGCCCGGACGCCGGCGGUCUACUUUGCGAUCGCCGUCGUCAUGUACAUCUUCAGCGGUAUCUUCGGGCUGGUCGGCCUGUACACGUUUGCCAACUUUGCCAACCUGAUCAUGGGCAUCGCACUGCUGACGUUGGCCACCUGGGCGUAUAUUAGGUACAGCGGCGAACUGAGCGACUUUGGCGUGCGGUUAGACGAGAUAGCCAACCUGCUGUGGGAAAAUAUCAUGAAACCGGUGUAUCAAUCCUGCAUGGAGAAGGGUAUCCAGCAUGUGGCGACCCAUGCGACCGAGUACGCCAUCAGCGGCGGGGCGUCAUCACCUUCGUCCCGGUCCGGCGCAGGUUCGCGCCAAAUGAACGGUAAAGUGAAGCGCUCUUGAGAGUACGCUUCCGGUGACGAACAACAGCAGCAGCAACAGCAGUUGUCCGCAGCUGGGCGACAGUGGUGGAGAUGGUGGCCAGCCGACCAUCAGCAGCAGUACCGACGCCUGCCCAGCAGCAAUGGUGGUAACAACAAUACUAGGUUUAGUGGUUUCUUCGAUAAUCUUAGAGGUAAUACCGGUAGCAGCAGCAGUAGUAGUAAUAGUAACGUUAAGCGAAGCAUCGACACCGCCGACAGCAGCAACGGUCGAACAGUAGGCCGUGUGAUAAGGGGCCAAUCGCAGCAGACCGUGGGCAGUAGUGGUAGCAGUGCUGCCAGUGGUGCUGGGAUUGGUCUGGCCACCAAGCCCAGUGGCCGACGACGAACGAAAAAAUAAAGCUCGAACACGUGUGUUCCCAUACAUCAACCUUGCGAUUCUACUAGCCCUCGACGGAAUGCUACCGAGAACAGCAGUGACAAUAUUUCGACAGCAAUUGGCUUCAAGAAUAACCUGGCGAAUAACGUUCUCUUAAACCCCAGACCAGACCAGACCCAUCCAUUUAAGUUGCAUUUCUUUUGUUUAAUUCCUAUAAUCGUUAUUUUGUUUGCCCCCCGGAUGUUUAAUAUAAUACUACUAUUGUGUUACGAAUAUAAACUUUUAAAUGAACAGUACUGCUCGAACAUGUUAUACACUUUGAAAAGUUCAUUCGAUUUCGGUAUGUUUCACCGAAAAUCGGUUGAACUUUACCGGGCUUCUGUGAAAGUCUGUCCAACAUGUUUGGAAUUUAACAGAUGUUCAGUGAAUUUGAUCGAAAUUCUAACACCAAAGUCGACGGAACGUUCCAAGUGUAUUCGUUUGCCCCUGAAUAGUAAAGACAAAUUAGCGCUGAUUUUGCGAUCAAUGAAUCCCUAUGAAAUGUGCCAAACUGACGACUUACAUCGGCUUCGAACUGUUGAACAAAUCCGCAUUCUUGCCAAUUGGGAUGGGAAAUCGAACAAAACACUUUUUACUCACGAACAGUUCAGUUUUUUUCAUCGACAUUCGGCUCAUUGGUGAGAUUAUUUCAGUACUUUUUUCUAUAAAGUACGAUUAUACAACAGGAUUUUACGUUGAUUUUUCGACUUCUCGAACAAGACGCGAUCAGCGUGUUUUGGGCUUUUCUAAGGAUUUCAAACUGUGUAAUAUGCUAAUUCUAUGUUAUGUUAUCAAUAAGGGAAAACGGGAACCAUCUGUAAAUAGACGUUAAAUAAAAAUCUCUUACCAGACAGAAGAUACAUUUAUGAAAUUAGUCGUAUUUUUGUUAAUGAAGAAUAUUGGGCUUUCAAAGACGUCAGAACUCUACACACUUUCGAGGCUUACUAAAUCAUUUUUUACCACCUGCAAAUUCUACAUCAUUCUUAAAGGUCGCCCUUCUGCCUUUUGAUGUAGACGAUAAAGGGAUCUUCACAACAGGGAACCUCAAUUGCGAUUGUCCGAUUCGAAUAGCUCAUAGACCUCAUUGAAUUGAAUUGAAGAGUAUCGCAUUUGGCAACACUGCAUGGAGGUUAUGUCAUAAGGAUUUUAUUCUUGUCGGUUCAAACCGUUUCGAUGUGAUUGUUCUGAAUUGAUUUGUUUUAAAGUUCUUUUUUUACUGUUUCCAUGCCUAGAGUAUCGAAAAAGAUGGGGAUCAAGGUGUUUGAUAGCUAUUUAAGAAUUACCAACACACCUUUAGCAGAAACACGCAAAAGAGUGGAAAUGCAAUAUAUUUUAUUGAUAUUGUUUUUUUAGUGUAAAUCGUUAUUCAUUAUUCUUGAGCGAUACAAAUAAAUCAUCUAAAGUGUAGUAGAUAAGUGAGAAAAUCUUAUCAUUCUUUAUGUUUCCCAUUUUUCUCUUUUUUAAUCGAAUCUAAUGGAAAAAAGUGUUGUUGAGUAUCGUAGUAAUAAAAUUCUUUUUCAUAUACUUUUAUACACCAAGAAUGUUGUUAUUUGUAAUAAGUUAUUACAAAUACGAAGAUCACGUUUUGAGUUGUAAAACAGUUUCUACUCUGCUAUGCCAUACGGCAUUGCAUGUGGAGCAGGGUGGAACCAUAAAUCGUACUGUGGAAAUGUCACAUAAUCCACAAUAACUGAAUACGCGCAUGAAUUUCCCCGAUUAUACACAUACACUCACACAUAAUCAAUCACCUGUAAAAAGUAGGGUCGGCGCUUUGUGCAUUUUUGCUCAAUAGAUAUCUCUGUCCGUUUUGUUUUCCGAUACCUAGUGUUUGAUCGCCUCGUUCUACGUGGAUAAGCUUGUGAAUAAGUCUAAAUUAGAUCAAUAUAAAAGAAUCAACGUAAUCUUGGAAGGACGUAAAUUCGAAGGCAAAUGUGUUAUUUUCUAUGUUUGUAAAAUAAGCUGUGGUUUUGUACAUCAGUGGAUGUAGGUGAUCUGUCACGUGAAAAAAAGUUUAACAAUUACAAGAUAUAGCAUAACCGGCUAGUUCACGAUCAUGGCAGCUUCUAAAACGGCUAAAACGAAUGAUAACGGCGAAUCAUAUGACAAACAAUAUGUAGUGGUAAGUGGAGUUAAUACUGGCAAUGUGCGAACAACCGUUACGAAGAAGAAAAAAAAAACGAGAGAUAGUUGGGAGCGAGAGUUAUUACGUGAAUUAUUUUUUAUAUUAAAGUUACAAAAAAAAUUGGACACAAA